GAUGCAGUGCUCAGGGACAUAAUUUAGCAGUGGGUUGUUAGAGUUAGGGUAGUAUGGUUAGGUUGUGGUUGGACUUGAUGAUCUUGAAGGUCUUUUCCAACCUGAGCAAUUCUAUGAUUCUAUCCUUAUUGCUCAUAAAGAAAGUUGCAUGCAUGAAAAUACUGUCAGCUGUCAUUUCUUGCCAGCAGGCAUUAGUUUCAUUUGAAAUCUGCUUUAUUCAUUAAUCAUUUCUUUUAAGUGUUACACAAAAAUGGUGUUUUGUUUUUCAUCGUAUUUGUCUGUAGUGUUGUCUAAUUUAUCACCAGAGCAGAAACCUGGAGGUAAAGUACUGGCUUUCGCCUGUGUGUGAUCUAAGUGCUACGACAAAAACAUUGAUAGGAAAGCCACAGCAAGUUCAUCUUCAUGAAUGCAUUUUUAGCUUAAGAGGAGCUUAGGCUUUAAGCCCCAGUAACAAUUUACUUGGAAGCAGCAACAUGCUGUGUGUGGCUCUACAUCAAUCUUAUGUGAGUUAUCCGUAACCCUCCUCCCCUAUAUCUCGCUGCUGGUAGUAAUCCCAUUAGAUGAUUACAUCUGGUGUCCUCAACAGACGGAUUUAGUCAAUUGAAAAAGUACUCCAGGUGGUUUAAUCGACUGUGUGGUCAUUUUAUAACCAGAGCCACUUGUACCUACAGCUUUGCUGUAAGUGGAGUGGAUCUAUGGCCUGUUACAAUGCUCUAUCAUUUGUGCACUUAACAAUCUAGUUAUUUAGUUAAAACUACAAUCAUUGAGAAGUUUGAAGAGUUUUCUUUUCCUGUGAAAUUGUCUUUAGAAUGGAUCUGAGGAACUGGGGAGAAUGGUUUUAGAUUCAGUCAAGUGAAUGAAUUUUGCAGAAUCAUGAUUACUUAGUGCAUAUGCAGUACCUAAAUGGAAACUGUGAUUGGUCACUAUCUUUUGGGAUGUGGGGAUAGCUGGGGAAGAUGCUUGGUUUUUGGUGUAGCUGUGUUAUUGAAAUCUGUUGUCCAGCUUUCCUUCAGGGAAGCACCUCUUGUUAAAUGCAAGCUGCACAGAUACAACAGUUAGUGGCAAGGAGGUAUGGUUUGAUCUGCAGUAUUCACAAUACAAAACAAGCAGAGCAGAAUCUGACCUGUACAGACGCAUCAAGCGAGGCAGUAACACUGUACUUGCAGGCUGUGUUGUCCAGGAUGGUGAGCUCUAAGUGUUUGUACAGCUGGGGUGUGCUGUAAAUUUUUUGUUUGGCUGAAGUGUUUUGGUAACACAAAACAUCUUGUGUUGAUAGAAUAUAGGAAACAUAGACUGUUUCUGAGUUGUAUAAAGAAGGGGAAAAGGCUGAUAACCUACUUCAAGGGUUAGUUACAGUUAGCUAAUUGUAUGUUACUGUACUUUCAUUACUGGCUAAAACAAAUACAGUAUCUUCUGGCUAUAAUGAAAAGAAUGUAAUAGAAAAUAUGGAUUGUCAAAGGGAUUACACAGUAGAAACUUUCAGUUAUUAAAGUUUUACUGCAUCUUCAGAGUGGCCAAAAGGAAAGCAUAGGAAACUCUGAACUGGCCUGUUUCUUCUAAAAAUGAGGUAGGAUCAGAGGAAAAGCACUGAACUGACCUUCUGCAGUAGCAGAUAAAUACAACCCUAAUUCCUAGGAAAGGAGAACAUCAAAAUGUUGUGUUGGGACAGUGCUGCAAGUGCACCUUUUUAAAGAUCCACCAAGGUAAAAUACACAGAAUGUUGAGCUGCAUUGUAUUGCUCAGGUUUUGACUGUUAACCUUACUGCUGAAGCAUGGAAAAAAAAAAAACAAGAACUGGAAAAGCAUUAUUCUGUAACACAUUGCCAUCGCCGUAUCACCCAAGUCGUAGUCUGAUUUAAGCCUACUGUGCCUGAAGGGUUACUAAAUAUGCAAUGUAAAAACUGUGAUUCUUUCCUUUCUGGAAAGGUCCUGCUCUUACCAGAGGGGUGCCUACAAAUGCUGAGGGGAUGAUGACUGGCAUUGACAAGGAACAAGGCGUAAUGAACUGUGAGGCAGAUGAUGAAUAUGACAUCCAUUCCACAUUUGUCAUUUGGAGGUCAUCUCAUUGUCACCGGCAAAAUACAGGAAAGCAUAAAGACUAAAUUUAGUUCCUUGUAGACUUUGCUUGAAUGACAGCUGUCAGAGCAAGUUGGCCACCCUGACAAAGCAGGACAGCAGACAGGCUCUCGUAGCCUCUCCUUGGCCUUGCUGCUUCUGUACCUAUGAAUGGGGUGUUGUACCUCAUGGCAGUUUGUAGACCUGUGCCCAUCACAGCUCUUCUCAGGUCCCCUCUUGCCUGCUUUGUAGUAGUUAUGCCAGUCUACUGGCAUGGGAAAGCCUUGAUGCACUGGGCACAUUAUUCGGAUCUGAACAAGUCCCUGUUUCAGUGGGAUCAAGGUAAAUGCUGUGUGUGUGCUGCUACCUCAUGGUGAUCAAUGGAUGAGUAGAACUGGGGAGGUCAGAUAUGCCAGGCUUUGCCAGGAGGAUGUCCAGACUACUAUAAACAACUGGGUGGAUACUUCUCCACUCAUAACUCCUGAGAAUGUCCCAACUUCACUUCUGAAGAAGCACGUCACCAAGUUGUCUUCUGUCCUCUGGUCACAUUUCAUUGGGCUUCCUACUCUAGGGAUGUCUCCCAGCAUCAAGACACCAGUGUGAUAGGAUAGAGCUGCUUUUGAAGAAGCCUAGAAUAAGACUCGAGUUUGGUUUAUGAACUGGUGCAUUAUACUGAGUUCAGGUUCCUUGUAUUUGCUCUGUGGUGCGUUCUUCAGAGCUCAUCUUUCCUCAAGACAUCUUCAACUUUCAGUUGUUUCUGAAGUACCAUUGUGUUAAUUGACCACUGAACCAAUGGUACAGCUUUAAUCCUCACUGCUCCUUAGCCUUGUGCUUAAUGAUGAAAGAUGCAGAGGAAUAGUUGAAGCUGGCAACAAACCCUGCUGAAGCGAAAUAACUUAGCUUAUGUGUUUGUUAACUAAAGUGUUUCUCAGAAGCAAUGAGAUUAAGUGGAUCAGCUGGUGUGCUGUGCCUAGUGGAAAGAAGCUUAUUUAAAUUGAGAGGAGCAGAGAAUCUGUGCCUCAGUACUAAAGGAAGAUGGACUCCACAGAAGACCUUGACUAUCCUCAAAUCAUCUUUCAAUACAGCAAUGGAUUUUUAGUCUCAAAGGUAAGAGCCGUAAAUCAGUCUUGGAUAGAAAUCUUAAAAGCAUACUGAAAGAAAUACUGAAGGAUCUCACCUUAGUUCCUUAAUGUAAAUCUUUGGAAAGAAAACUGUCUGAAACCAUCCAACCACAUGAACUGAAAUCAUCCUAUCUACUUAUCUAGCUGUGAAGGAAAUUUGAAAAGACAAAAGUUUGAGAAUUUUGGCUCCUGAGGUUAGAGUUAAUGUUUAUUGAGAUCCUGCUGACCUCUGGGAGAUUGGAUGAGCAGAUCUUGUCUCUGCUUGAAGCUUUAAAAGCACGGUGGUUUAUAGCUGAGAGAGCUUGUCUGACUGCGUCAAAUGACCAAGGCUCCUUACAUCACAGGAUUUCUUCUCAUUUUUUUGUUUGGAGUUUGAGAAUCAGAAGACUGCCUUGUGUUGCUGCCUUUCCCCUUUUCAUACACAAUAAAUUGCAAGAUUUUUCAAAUAUGUUCUGAGAGAGUUUCCUUCCUUCUCAUAGGAUUUUUCAGUGCAUAUAUUGCAGAAGGCAAUUUUUGGUAACUUCCAUGUAUUGCCACUUUUCAGGUGGAAGAAAGAGUCUAAUAUAAUGACUUCAAAAAAGGUGGUCUUUUUCACAUUUUUUUUUUCCAGAUAGCAUCUGAUUAAGGCACAAGAUUAGAAUGAGUAGUUUCAAUUUCAUUAAUACUUGCUGAUGUUGUUUGUCUUUGCAUGUGCAAUGGGCAGAAAACACCUGUCUUCCAGCGAAGUGGAGUUUUUUUCUUCAUUUACAACUCUAGUUAUGUUUAAAACUCUAGUUGUCUGUCCUACCGUCUCCUGCUGCAUCUCUAGCCAACAUGGUCACAAAAGGAAUACACUUCAGAGGUCUGCAAAUGCUGCUGCAUCCAAAGGCUCCUGAAGUACAGAACAUUUAGUAAAGAGAGGAAAGAAUGGAUGUUGAGAGACCUUUUUGCUUGGUAAUGUUCACUGCCUGUGAGUUAGGAGUGUUUGAUCUUCUGCUGGAGUCAGGACAACCUCUAUCUUUAGAUGUCAUUGCUGCACGCUUGGGUACAAGCAUCAUGGGGAUGGAAAGACUUCUGGAUGCCUGCGUGGGACUGAAGCUUUUGGCAGUAGAGCUGAGACAAGAAGGAGCCUUCUACAGAAACACAGACAUUUCCAGUAUCUACCUUACGAAGUCAAGUCCCAAGUCUCAGUAUCAUAUUAUGAUGUAUUACUCCAAUACCGUCUACUUGUGCUGGCACUACCUGACUGAUGCUGUGAGAGAAGGAAGAAAUCAAUAUGAAAGAGCUUUUGGCAUUUCAUCUAAAGAUCUUUUUGGAGCCAUGUACAGAUCAGAAGAAGAAAUGCUAAAGUUCUUGGCUGGCCAGAACUCAAUCUGGAGUAUAUGUGGCAGAGAUGUACUUACUGCAUUUGACCUUUCCCCUUUCACACGGAUUUAUGACCUGGGAGGAGGUGGAGGAGCUUUGGCCCAAGAAUGUGUUUCCUUGUACCCAAAUUGCACGGUCACAAUUUAUGACCUGCCCAAAGUUGUACAAGUGGCCAAAGAGCAAUUGGUUCCCCCGGAGGAGCGACGGAUUGCCUUCCACGAAGGAGACUUUUUUAAAGAUUCAAUCCCUGAGGCUGACCUCUACAUUUUAUCCAAGAUACUGCAUGAUUGGGAUGAUGAGAAAUGCGGGCAGCUGCUGGCAGAAGUAUAUAAAGCCUGCAGACCUGGUGGUGGAGUGCUGCUGGUUGAAUCGCUCCUGAGAGAAGAUAGAAGUGGACCUGUGGAAACCCAGCUGUAUUCACUGAACAUGUUGGUGCAGACAGAAGGAAAGGAGCGAACAGCAGCAGAGUACAGCGAGCUCCUUGGAGCAGCUGGCUUCAGGGAGGUUCGAGUCAGGAGAACUGGAAAACUCUAUGAUGCUGUUCUGGGGAGGAAAUGAUACUAUCUUCUUUUCUCCAUAUGUACUUAGUAAUAUAGAAUAAUGUGAUAUUCUUUUCCUAGAGGGCUUUUAUAUGUGUAGCUUUUACUGAAGGCAAUCAACUUUUCUGUUAGCUGAUACGUUGUCAGGAGAAUCAUUAAUAAUACACUUUCAGUGUGGGUAGGUUGUGAAUUCAGCAGCCUGACUAGGACUUGCCUUUGGAUCUGAAUAGCGGAGAGAGAAAUCGAUACCUGUUCCACAAUAAAUUACCCAUGAAAGAAAUAUGCGGUGUUGCUGCUGACCACUUUACAUAUCUUUUUUCUUCUUUUCUAUUUUUAUUUUAACGGAGUACCUGACAAAAUCAAAGCUGAAUUUUCACUUGGAUUCCUGCAAAAUAAAACUGACCGCUGUACUGA